AUGAAAAGAUCAGGAUCAACCUCGACGUCGGGGCCUAUAACAAAUGGGAAACCAAGGGCUUCUUCAUUACCCAAGAAACAAACUUCAGAUCAAGAUGUGAAUUCCAUGUUUAGAAGGACAGAAGUAAUUGGUAGAGGUAAGUUUGGGAUAGUCUAUAAGGGUUACCAUGUACGAACAAAACAGAUUUACGCCAUUAAAGUUCUUAAUUUGGAUUCGGAUGAGGAUGAAGUGGAAGACGUCCAACGAGAAGUUCAAUUUUUGUCAUCUUUGAAGCAAAUACCCAACAUUACACGUUACUACGGAUCUUAUCUAAAGGACACUAGUCUGUGGAUCAUUAUGGAGUAUUGUGCUGGUGGAUCCUUGAGAUCGUUACUACGGCCAGGAAAGAUUGAUGAAAAAUACAUUGGAGUUAUCAUGAGAGAGCUUCUAGUCGCAUUAAAGUAUAUUCAUAAGGAUAACGUCAUCCAUCGUGAUAUAAAGGCAGCUAACGUUCUAAUUACAAAUGAAGGGUCUGUUAAGUUAUGUGAUUUCGGUGUUGCAGCUCAACUAAAUCAAUCCACUUUAAGACGACAAACAAUGGCAGGUACUCCAUAUUGGAUGGCACCUGAAGUGAUCAUGGAAGGUGUCUAUUAUGACACUAAAGUUGAUAUAUGGUCUCUAGGUAUAACAGCAUAUGAAAUAGCCACGGGUAAUCCACCGUACUGCGAAGUGGAAGCAUUGAGAGCUAUGCAACUAAUAACGAAAUCUAAACCACCAAGGUUAGAAAGCAGAAGUUACACUCCACUGCUGAAAGAAUUUAUUGCAUUAUGUUUGGAUGAAGAUCCAAAGGAAAGAUUAUCAGCAGAGGAGUUAUCGAAGACCAAAUUUAUUAAAGCACAUAAACUUACACCCGUGUCCAUUUUAAAGGAAUUGAUUUCACGAUAUCUAUUGUUUAGAGAUAGAAAUAAGGCCUCAUCUAAAGAAGAAGAUGGAAUGGUUGCCGAAGGUAAUAGAAAUAUCGAUCAUGUGCAAGAGAAGGAAGAAAACGGUCCAGAUAAUAAUGGUGAGAAGAGUCAUCCUGUAACAACAACAGAUGAGCAUACAGAGAAUGUUGGACAAGAAAAUAUAGAUGUCAAGUGGGAUUUUGAUUCUUUAAGUUCAAGCGAGUAUAUUAUUGAAAAUAAUAUAAAUAUUGACGCAAUUCCAGAAGAAUCAACCAUGGAUUGGACCACGGAACAACAAGAGCAGUUUAAUUACGCUUAUCCAGAGGAAGAUCAGUAUUAUUAUCACCCCACAAACAAUAAUAUAAAGACUUUGUACCAAAGUACGACAAUGGGGAAGAACCAUCCAAGUACUGUCUAUCAUAAUUCAACUUUAAACGCUCCCAUGAAUUCAACUGCAAAUUUCAAUACAAAGAUGAUGAUGGGGACUGGAACAACUGGAACACACACGAAUGCUGGUAAUGUUAAUACUGGAACACAUAAUACGGCAAUGGCUACUAAGAGGACAGAAACAAGGGCACCCAAACAAUUAUUAGAACUCUUCGAGGAGAAUGAUGUAAUUAAUGAAGAAAAUGAACACAGUGCCGAUAUUAUGAGAAUCAAUAAUAUCAGUUCCGGACCACCGCCAUCACUGGAACAAUCUUUAUCAUCGUCUGUGGUUGAUGGUUCUUCUGGAACACGUCCACAUCAAACCCUCAUGAAUGCGAACGCCUACUAUAGCCAAAGUACAUCUGUUCUACCGACACUGCAAACAAAAUUCAAUAAACCACAUAAGGGACCCAUCAGUGCAAUUACUACCGCACCCACCUCCAUUGAAAUUGAAAUCCCAGAAGAACUACCAGUGAGUUCGGCUCUGACUCCUAACCCUCCAGAUGACGAUAACUCAUCUACAAAACCAAGAUCCUCCACAGUUUCCGUGAUCCCUCAUCCCUAUCAACAGCCACCCGGUUUAUCAAGAAGAUUGACUGUCAGUGACAGUGCAAACAAUACUGAAGUGUCAGUCAACACUUCGAAUAUGAAUAAGAUAGUAGGUGAAGAUGGGAGUAUUUAUUCUACAUCAUCGGUUCCUACAACAAUAUCAGCAGUGGCUGCUGGUAAAAUACAUCAUCGAACUCCAUCUCCCUCAAGAAUAUUGGUCAAUAAUGGUGUCUCACCGGUUAGGAAAGUAGCCAUAUCACCUACUGGUAGCGGAUCUUCUUUGAUCAAGAACGUGAUUACAGCAGCAUCGAACCUAGGUCCACCACCCAUCAUGAAGCCUAUUAGUAUGGAAGAUACAAAGGAUCCCUUAUUACAGCCCUUAAACGCCAACAUGUCAAAGAAUAAUAAUAACGGGCACCAAAUGGGAUCAUCUACAAAUACAACUACCGCCACCAAGGAGACGAGUCGUGUUAAUGGUGAUUUUAAGAAAAAUAAUCCAAAUUUAAAGUUGCAAAUGCCAUUACCAACUACGCAUCUACGAAACAAACUGUUGGAUUCCAAUCCUGGCUCAGCAACAUCAGCACCUAUUACAAUACCUAACAUUUCCACAAAUCUAACUACUCAAUUGAACGAGAAUAUUAAUCAAUUUGGAUUUAAUACGAGCAGUGUCUCUAAUGUACCGGUAUCCAUGACACCAAUCAGUGAGAAAAAUAUAGAUUUCGGGGCCAGGUUGAAGAGAAGCCAAAGUACGUCUAAUAGAAAGGCAUCCAAUUCAUUUGGGGAUCAUUCAACAACCUCUAAUGGUAUUGCAUCAACUGUCAACAAUGUUGCUGCAGCGGAGUCGGUUGCACCAAACGGAACUCCUUUACAAACAAUCGCAUCAUCUGCUUCUAUUGCUACAUACAAUUCCAUGGUGUCCGGUGGGUCAACCUCUAACAAGAUGCAUCCACCUCCAAACUUGCUAGACAUGAGUAUAUUUCAGGACAUGGACUUCAAUAACCUUGGCAGCGGCAAACAUAUAGACAAGAAGCCACAAAUGCUAUCUGAACUGGAGAACCUGCUACGGAUGUUUGAAGAGGGUUUACCUGCGAUAGAAGCGGCUUUGGAGAAGCAGUUGAUCACCACUCCCGGAGGCGCAGAGGACCAUUGA